UGCUUCUGCCAGUUCUGGGCUAGCGUGAGAAUGAGAGAUUCCCGAUGAUAACAAAAUCUUUCUAAAAUUCGAAUUUUUAAAAAAAAUCGCAGGAAAAGAAAUGAUAUUUUCAUAGUUUUGAACUUUUGGUUAGCUUUGAUUGUGCCCUAAACAAGCGUCUCUUCGGAGGCUUGCCUUUGGAUUUUUAAUAAAAGCGGAUACCGUAACACGCCAGUAGGAUGAAUAUAGGCGGGGGGCAUUCGGGCGGUGAGGGGCCUUUGCUGAAAAAAUGGGGAGUUCCGCGUCCGCUGUUGCCAAAUGAUAGUCCGCCGGAGAAUGCUUUUCAACACGUCCGCAAGUUUCUGUUCAAUCUGUUUGAAGUCCCUGUGACAUGGUUCAAUGACAACGUUCUGGAGCCUAACCGUGGACCGAAGCAAGUGUAUUACCACCGUAAAUUCGCGCGAGUGGCUAACAUUGACGAAUGCCACGAAGGUGACUUCUUGUGCUACUUCGAAGCCAACGAGCAGUACAAACGCGAUAGAACUGUGGAUGACAAGAUUUUGACCAUCCUACGUCGACGUAAGGAGAACUGCAUGCUGUACGAGGGUCACGAUUGGGCUUUGGCCUGUCACAAAGUGACAGAGGAUUUUGAGCAAGCGCUGACGAAUUUCUUUCUGCGCUACGGUGAAGUCGGGUAUAACUCGUCUGUAAUUGAGCCGUACAUGAAGCAAAAGCACCGAAUGAUAUGGGAACGCAGAAAUCCGGACAAAGUCGAUUUCAUGUACGCAAGAAAUCGCAAAGAAUAUUACCUGCCCAUAGAAAGAGGUUUCAAUGAUUCUGUCCAGCUUCCGGAUAACUCACGCACGCGUCAUCUGCGUGGUAUUGAAAAUCACCAUCCUGAAAGCCCGUGUAUUGAUAAUGAGCGAGUGUAAAUGCAUUGUGUGCAGAAUGCAUCUGAUUUGAUAUUAAUUUUAUGUGUGAGUUAAAAUUGUACAAAUGGGAGUUUAGCCAGAAAGGCUUAUUGAACUGGUGCAUCUGUGUCCUUGGUGUGUGCAAUGUGUCAGAUCGUGGUUUUUAAAUUAUCUGCUUACCUAAUGCCUACAGUACCUGAUUGCCUUUAAUCGAACUGCAGCAGAUCAGUUUUUAUAAAAAUUUUAAAAUGGCCACGGUCAGCCAGAUUUUAAGUUACCUAGUUCAAAUUCUUGUUGGGACCUACGGUUGGUUGUUGUGGUACGACAUGAUGUUGUAUAAAUUGUAAAAGAAUCGAAA